GUCAUGAGAUUACUUAUAAAGUUUUCCAGGAUAUCCUGUAUAUUUGUUCAUGUGCGUAUGAUGUUGAUGUAUUUAGCUGUAAUGUCACAAGUUAGCCGGUGUUUGUUCCAGUGGCGCAAAUCGCACAGCACAUCCUCACAGACCGGCUGCCACGUACUGCACUGCUAGAGCCGAAUGUUAUGACGAUAAAAAAUUCUAUUCUAUUCGAAUCGAUUCAAUUCUAAUCUCAAUCUGUUCUCGAUCCGAAUCAUGACGGUGUUCCAUAUACAACACGUCUGCGUAAAAUAUAAACCACUUCCACUCUGCGUUUUAUUGUACUACGAUAACAGUGAGUGGGAGUCGUUUAGGAUCCAGUCACAAUCUAUAGCUGCAAUAUCGGAUAAAACCGAAAGGAAAGCAAGUACUGAGUCAAGUAUUUGACCUGUUUCGAAACAGUAUAGCAGAGUAAAAGAGCAUCAUUUGGAGGAGAAAUCACGUCCAGUCUGAGUCCAGGAAUCCAGUCAUCAGUUUCAGAAAAGAGGAACGAGAAGAAAAUGCUUUCACGUUACAGCGAGGAGAGAAAUGGAGAUCAGUGUGAAAGGUCCAUAUGUGUGAACAAUCCUUAUUUGGAGUCUAUGAAAGAAGACAUACUGUACCAUCUCAACCUGGAUACAGCCAAUUAUGACCUUCCAAAGCAGUUUGGGGAUGUUAAAUUUGUAUGUGUCGGAGGAAGUCCGUGUAGGAUGAAGUCUUUCAUCGAGUACGUUGCUAAAGAGCUGGGCCUAGAAGAUCCAAAAGGAGAGUACCCAAACAUCUGCGAGGGAACAGAUCGCUAUGCAAUGUAUAAAGUUGGACCAGUGCUGUCUGUUAGUCAUGGCAUGGGCGUUCCCUCGAUGUCAAUAAUGUUACACGAGCUUAUCAAACUCCUCUAUCAUGCCCGCUGCACUGAUGUCACUAUCAUACGCAUCGGGACCUCGGGUGGAAUAGGUCUGCAGCCAGGCACAGUUGUGAUCACCAAGCAGGCAGUGGAUGCCAGGCUCAUGCCCCACUUUGAGCAGGUGGUCCUGGGUAAGACAGUGGUGAGGAGCACAGAGCUGGAUUUCGAGCUUGCAAUGGAGCUGCUGGAGUGUGGGAAAGAGCUGGGAGAGUUUGAGACUGUCAUUGGGGAUACCAUGUGCACUCUGGACUUCUAUGAAGGUCAAGCUCGUUUGGACGGCGCUUUCUGUUCAUACACCGAAGAGGAUAAACAGCAGUACCUUUCCGAGGUGUAUGCAGCAGGAGUCUGCAACAUCGAGAUGGAAUCUUCUGUUUUUGCUGCCAUGUGCAAACUCAGUGGUAUACGAGCGGCUGUGGUGUGUGUGACCCUUUUGGACCGGCAGAAAGGAGACCAGCUGACCAGCUCUCAUGAUGUCUUGCUUGACUACCAACAAAGACCUCAGACCCUUGUUGUCCAUCACAUCAAAAAGAAACUUAAUAUCCUCUAGAGAAGUUAACCUCUCUCUCUCUCUCUCUCUCUCUCUCUCUCUCUCUCUCUCUCUCUCUCUCUCUUUUUAUAUACACAUUCAUAUAAUUAGAAUGUAAAAAAAAAGUUUUUGGGCAUAUCUUAACCUGGCUAUAUCUACAGUAUUUUAUAUGAAUUAUAUAUACUUGCUUUUGCUAAUAGUUAUACCUGAACAUUACAUAAGAGAAGACUUAUAUUUAAAGAUUUUCUGACAUAUUCUACGUGCUUGAUGCUAUUUGAUAUAAUUCAUAGAAUAAACACCAGAGCUAAUACGUAAUGAUUAAA